CCUGAGGGCGCCUCGGGCUGCGGACUUCGCUUUCUGUCCGAGCUCCGCGUCCCACGCGGCACCAACCCCGCCGCCCAUGGCUCUGAUCAUGGAACCAGUGAGCAAAUGGUCUCCGAGUCAAGUAGUGGACUGGAUGAAAGGUCUUGAUGACUGUUUGCAGCAGUAUAUUAAGAACUUUGAGAGGGAGAAGAUCAGUGGAGAUCAGCUGCUACGCAUCACACAUCAGGAACUAGAAGAUCUGGGAGUCAGCCGUAUUGGCCAUCAGGAGCUGAUCUUGGAGGCAGUUGACCUUCUGUGUGCACUGAAUUAUGGCUUAGAAACAGAAAAUCUAAAAACCCUUUCCCACAAGUUGAACGCAUCUGCCAAAAAUCUACAGAACUUCAUAACAGGAAGGAGAAGGAGUGGCCAUUAUGAUGGGAGGACCAGCAGAAAAUUGCCGAACGACUUUCUGACCUCAGUUGUGGAUCUGAUUGGAGCAGCCAAGAGUCUCCUUGCUUGGUUGGACAGGUCACCAUUUGCUGCUGUGACAGACUAUUCAGUCACAAGAAAUAACGUCAUACAACUCUGCUUGGAACUAACAACAAUCGUGCAACAGGAUUGCACAGUAUAUGAAACUGAGAAUAAAAUUCUUCAUGUGUGUAAAACUCUUUCUGGAGUCUGUGACCACAUCAUAUCUCUGUCAUCAGAUCCUCUGGUUUCACAGUCUGCUCACCUGGAAGUGAUUCAGCUGGCAAAUAUUAAACCAAGUGAAGGACUGGGUAUGUACAUUAAAUCCACGUAUGAUGGCCUCCAUGUAAUUACUGGGACCACAGAAAAUUCACCUGCAGAUCGAUGCAAGAAAAUUCAUGCUGGUGAUGAAGUGAUUCAAGUUAAUCAUCAGACUGUGGUGGGGUGGCAGUUGAAAAAUUUGGUGAAUGCACUACGAGAGGACCCGAGUGGUGUUAUCUUAACUUUGAAAAAGCGACCUCAGAGCAUGCUUACCUCAGCACCAGCUUUACUGAAAAAUAUGAGAUGGAAGCCCCUUGCUCUGCAGCCUCUUAUACCUAGAAGUCCCACAAGCAGCGUUGCCACGCCCUCCAGCACCAUCAGUACACCCACCAAAAGAGACAGUUCUGCCCUCCAGGAUCUCUACAUUCCCCCACCUCCUGCAGAACCAUAUAUUCCCAGGGAUGAAAAGGGAAACCUUCCUUGUGAAGAUCUCAGAGGACAUAUGGUGGGCAAGCCAGUUCAUAAGGGAUCUGAAUCCCCAAACUCAUUUCUGGAUCAGGAAUAUCGAAAGAGAUUUAACAUUGUGGAAGAAGAGACUGUCUUAUAUUGCUAUGAAUAUGAAAAAGGAAGGUCAAGUAGUCAAGGAAGACGAGAAAGCACACCGACCUAUGGCAAGCUACGACCUAUAUCUAUGCCAGUCGAAUAUAAUUGGGUGGGGGACUAUGAAGAUCCAAAUAAGAUGAAGAGAGAUAGUAGAAGAGAAAACUCUCUACUUCGAUAUAUGAGCAAUGAAAAAAUUGCUCAAGAAGAAUACAUGUUUCAGAGAAACAGCAAAAAAGACACAGGGAAGAAGUCAAAAAAGAAGGGUGAUAAGAGUAAUAGCCCAACUCACUACUCGUUGCUACCUAGUUUGCAAAUGGAUGCAUUGAGACAGGACAUCAUGGGCACACCAGUGCCAGAAACCACACUGUACCAUACAUUUCAGCAGUCCUCUCUGCAGCACAAAUCAAAGAAGAAAAACAAAGGAGCUAUAGCAGGCAAGAGCAAAAGACGAAUUUCUUGCAAGGACCUUGGCCGUGGUGACUGUGAGGGAUGGCUUUGGAAAAAGAAAGAUGCAAAGAGCUAUUUUUCGCAGAAAUGGAAGAAGUACUGGUUUGUCCUAAAGGAUGCAUCCCUAUACUGGUAUAUUAAUGAAGAGGAUGAAAAAGCAGAAGGAUUCAUCAGUCUGCCUGAAUUUAAAAUUGAUAGAGCCAGUGAAUGCCGCAAGAAAUACGCAUUCAAAGCCUGCCAUCCUAAAAUCAAAAGCUUUUAUUUUGCUGCGGAACAUCUUGAUGACAUGAACAGGUGGCUUAAUAGAAUUAACAUGCUGACUGCGGGAUAUGCAGAGAGAGAAAGGAUUAAGCAAGAACAAGAUUACUGGAGUGAGAGUGACAAAGAGGAAGCAGAUACUCCAUCAACACCGAAACAGGACAGCCCUCCACCCCCCUAUGAUACAUACCCACGGCCUCCCUCUAUGAGUUGUGCCAGUCCUUAUGUGGAAGCAAAACACAGUCGGCUUUCCUCCACCGAGACCUCUCAGUCUCAGUCUUCACAUGAGGAAUUUCGCCAGGAAGUUACCGGGAGCAGUGCCGUGUCCCCCAUUCGCAAGACAGCCAGUCAGCGCCGCUCCUGGCAGGAUUUAAUCGAGACACCGCUGACAAGUUCAGGCUUACACUAUCUGCAGACUCUGCCUCUGGAAGAUUCUGUCUUCUCUGACUCGGCAGCCAUCUCCCCUGAGCACAGGCGGCAGUCUACUCUCCCAACUCAGAAGUGCCACCUCCAGGAUCACUAUGGCCCAUACCCUUUAGCUGAGAGCGAGAGGCUGCAAGUGCUGAAUGGCAAUGGGUGCAAGCCCCGAAGUUUUACUCUGCCUCGAGAUAGCGGCUUCAACCACUGCUGUCUGAAUGCACCAGUUAGUGCCUGUGACCCACAAGAUGACAUACAGCCACCAGAGGUGGAGGAAGAGGAGGAAGAGGAGGAAGGGGAGGCAGCAGGAGAAAACAUAGGAGAGAAAAUCCCACCUCAUUUUACAGGUGAAAGUCGGGAAGAAAAAUUAGGAGACUCCCUGCAAGAUUUGUACAGAGCACUGGAGGAAGCCAGUCUUUCACCAAUAGGAGAACAUCGUAUUUCAACCAAGAUGGAAUACAAGCUAUCCUUUAUCAAAAGGUGUAAUGAUCCCGUGAUGAAUGAAAAACUGCACAGGCUGAGAAUUCUUAAAAGCACUUUAAAGGCCAGAGAAGGGGAAGUAGCCAUUAUUGAUAAAGUCCUAGACAAUCCAGACUUGACAUCUAAAGAAUUCCAACAAUGGAAGCAGAUGUACCUCGACCUUUUCUUGGAUAUCUGUCAAAACACCACCUCAAAUGAUCCACUAAGUAUUUCUUCUGAAGUAGAUGUUAUCACUUCCUCUCUAACACAUACUCAUUCAUACAUUGAGACACAUGUGUAAGUGCAUUCUAACUUGAGGCCAUCUAGUUCCUGCUGGUACUCUGAACAAGUACAUGAGGUAGCUUUUUUAUUAAUGUGUUGGACACUUGACAAGCUAUACUUUAAUGUUACCAAACUAUAUGAAACAAAGCAUACAUGGUCACAUUACCACUGUCUUUAAUGAGCAUUUGUAUGUUUUAUAUGCAGUCAGUGCUCAGCUUAUGUUUACCAUGUGCAAAAUCAACUAUCUUUAAUGACUUAAGUUAACUUUUACAAACAAUUCUAAAUGCAGGUGACCUUCAAAUCGAAAAACCCCAAAAAGGCAGUUUUCUAUCCGAAGUCAUCUUUUCUCCCUUUAAGUUAAUUUUCUAUAAAUGAUACUUCAAACGUAAAUCACAAUUUUUUCAGGUACAGACAUCCUUGUGGGUGGGAAAGAAUUUAAACCUUUUUAUAUUUAUUAAAAUGUUCUAAGAAUUUUCUUAAACAUUGCACAAAGUUUAAUGCUGUAGUUUUAUUUUUGUGAAAUGUAGGUACGUAUGAAAGAGUUAAGCAAACUAGAAGAGCAUCAAUAUAAGAAAAGUUCAGGUAGCUAAUAUCUGUCUUAAUAGUCUAUUAACUUGUGCUAACUGGUUAAUGGAGGUCCUCUUCCAAAUCUAUGAGAACACUGCAUGGUGUAUCAGGGCAAAGCUUUGUAAGAUGUUUUUGUAACUAAGACCAAAAUUGAAGAUAGAGCUGCUUUAUUUUCUUGGUUUAAAUCUUCCUUUAUUUUUGUAGUGACGAAAUGCUGAUUGUGUACAGAAGAAUUUAAGAAUGGAUUUUUUUAAAACAGACUUAACUCACCCAGAAAGGCAGCUAACAGCUAUACAUACAUAUAUAUAUAUAUAUAUAUAUAUAUAUAUAUAUAUAUAUAUAUAUACAUAAUUUCAGCCCAAACUCAUGGUUUUUGAACUCUAACUCUUAAAAGACAAGGUAUACACUGAAAUGAGUCAAUUUUCCAGGCAGUUUCCAAUUUUCCCUUGGUCUGUUAACUAAACUCAUGUAAUUAUACAUCAGGCAGGGAAGUAAAAUACAUUUAGUCAUCACAGAUAGAAGUUACAAUAGAGAAAACAAUGAUGACAAAUGUUAAUAAACUUCUCAGCUAAGGAACAGAGAAUGGCAGUCAUUUUGGGAGUCAUUACUUUGAGUGACCUGAGAUUAAGCACUUAGAGGUUUUUCCUAGAGUCCUGAACUGUUUAUAGAGUGGAUGGAGUCUAUGAAAAGUCCUCUUCAUAUAUUGCCAUUUCUAUGUGUCUAGUUUUGGAAAGUGACCACAGCAUGAAAGUGACUUGCUGCUUUUUAGUGUGUGGCUGCAUAAUGUACAAGUCACAAUUUGCUGUUUUUCCAGGAGGAAGAGACCCUCCUUUACUAUUAUUCUAUAUCCUAAAACCUACUUCUGAUCAGCUUUAUCCUGUUGCCUGUACAGCUCAGUGAAUGUACUUAUAUCUCUAAGAGUUCAGAUAUAUGCCAGUGAAUAUUUUUGCUGUAGAGAAGAAAGUGAAAACCACACAGUGGGAUCUUUUUCUUUGCUUUUGAAAUCACAUUAAAUCACUAUCGUUUUGCAGACUUUGCACAACUGUACAGGAGAGUGGCCUUUCUACAGCACAUUUUCAGUAAUCCUAUAUUUAGUCAAGUGGAUGAGAAACCACACAUUAAUGUUUGUAUGGAAUUUUGGGUCCAGUGUAAUAUUUUUAUCAUUGAAAAAAUCCUAUUUGUAAAAACAUUUAUUUACUGCAUGGUUAUUGACACACAUUAAAUUUGUGGGAUUUUGUGUAUGUAAAAGAGAGAAAGAUAAAAACAAACAAAAACCCUCUUGUCAUAAAAUGAAGUGUGCUUGUUACAGUUCUUUAGGCAUAUUGAUGUUUACUAGACCAGUGUGUAUCUUCACUUAAAAAUAGCUGUAAAUGAUGGAUGUGCCACGCAUACGGUGGACAGACAGCCUGCAACAACGAGCAGUUGGCGGGAAAAGUAGCUCUGUUGCUAGUAAGCAGUUUCUCCUUUGUAAAGUCAGCUGUUAGUUGACUGGUAAAAAUUAAACUAAUGAAUUUUACAAGACUCGUGACUAGCCUGGCAUGAAAGAGACCUUUUAACACUAUAUAUCUGUACAUUUCAUUGCAUUAGUUUCAAAUCUAGGAGAGAGGCAGCACUGUAAACUGAAGUCAAAUAAACCCAGCUCGAAAUGAACCCUUAGAAAGCAGCUACUUUUUUCCUGCAGAGGGCUUACCACAUUUCUCUGUGAUCUGAUCACACAGCCACCCUCACUACCACCACCCCACUUACAAGUUCUCACUUUGCCACCUCACUGAUAGCACAAGCCAGAAGUAACACCUGUUCGGAGCUUACCAAGGUCUCCUGUGAGACCUUGAAAACUCAAGCUAAGCUGUCUUCCCACUGACCGACAUAACCAUGGAGACUUCACCUACUCAUUCCUUUUCUGUGAGCCUUUGGGGGAUGGAGGGAGCAAACCACCAAAACUAAGCUCAUUUUCUUUUGACAAAUGUAGCAUUUUGUGGUUAAGGGUUGCUGAAAUAUGUCUAAACUAUAAAGCUGCCUCUAGCCAGUGUAAAAGCAGAUGGGGAAGGAACAGAAGAAAAAAUUCAGAAUUAACCAAGAAUAGUUUCUCACAGAAAUGCUUUUUUCAAGACUUUUUUUCCUUCGAUAUGAAACUGUUAGAACAGAUCUGUAACCAUGGCCCUGAACCAUAAAAAUCAUUCUCCUCCGUACACCUGUUCCAUGCCAUUUAAGCAAGGCGCUCAUGCACAUGCGUGCAUGCAUGCACACACACACUCACCCACCCACAACGUCAUCAGGUAAUACUGUCUUAUGGGACUAUUACAGCUGUUAUAGCCAACAAUUUUCUGUGAUUUGUGUAUAAGUAAUCAUACUUUUUAGAGGGGAGUCAUGAAAGUAAUCACAGGCACCUGGAAAACACUUUCGGGAGGGAAAUAAGGUCCUAUUUUACUUCCAAAUCCCACCUCUAGCACAGGGUGAGUCUGUCUUUCUGAAAACUCUGUAAUUAACUAAAGCUGUUUCAUAUCACUGCAUUU